UCAAUAAUAUUCUUAUCGAUUGCUUCUAUUUCGAUUCUCUCGAAGGCGCAUAUUGAAUGGCUGAAGAAACUCCAACCAUUACGGUCCCUUUCCCUCUCAAGGAUCGAGUGGCGAUAGUGACAGGAGGAUCUCGUGGUAUUGGCCAAGCCAUUGCCGUUCACCUUGCCUCCCUCGGUGCCAAACUAGUUAUCAAUUACUCAUCUUCCAAUUCCGACCAAGCUGAUCAAGUUGUCUCCCAAAUCAAUUCUAUCUCUCCCUCAUCCGCUGUCGCCGUCAAGGCCGACGUAUCCGAUCCAGAUCAGGUCAAGCACCUAUUCGACACCGCAGAGUCUUCUUUCACCGGUUCACUUCUUCACAUCCUGGUCAACUCUGCAGGAAUCUUAGACGCCAAGUACCCAACUUUGUUCAACACUUCACUCGACGAUUUCGACAGGACCUUCGCCGUGAACUGUAGAGGUUCGUUUCUAUGCUGCAAGGAGGCUGCUAAUAGGAUAAAGAAGGGUGGAGGUGGGAGAAUAAUUUGUGUGACUACGUCUCUGGUGGCGGGGCUGAAACCAGGGAUGGGAGCUUACACUGGGUCGAAGGCGGCGGUGGAAGCUAUGGUGAGUAUUUUGGCUAAGGAAUUGAAAGGGACGGGCAUAACGGCGAAUUGUGUUGCGCCGGGACCAAUUGCGACCGAGUUGUUCUUCGCUGGGAAGUCGGAGGAGAUGAUUGAGAGGAUGGUGAGUGAGUGCCCUUUGGAUAGGCUUGGAGAACCGAAAGAUGUGGCUCCACUUGUUGGUUUCUUGGCCAGCGAUGUUGGGGAAUGGGUGAAUGGACAGGUUAUUCGUGUCAAUGGUGGCUAUGUCUAAAUUUCUUUUUUUCUCUACAUUUAUUUAAUUUUCUUAUAAUUUAUGUUA